CUCAUUGGAGGGCAGGAAAGAGCCAGCAUUCGGCCCACGAGCCUCGAUCAGCGUCUACAUGAAUUAAGUGACGUUCCCUAAAAAAACAUUGUCCGCGUUUCCUACAACUCGUUCCAUACAAAAUACAUUAAAAAAUGUUAUAUUUUUUUUCAAUCAAAUAUCCUAAUCGCGACCGUUUGCGUGACCUAAACACUCGUGUGCCGUUUGUAUUUUUAUAACGAUUCUAAUGAUAAAACAAUUAUUAUGAACAAAAUUUUUGAUUGUAAUUAGUUCGCGUAAAACCGGUCCAUUUAUGCCGAACCUCGGAACACAGUGAAUCUGGUUAAUUUUAUACCCAUAAAUAAUCUCUGAGGAAAUUAUAACGUCAAGUGGUGUUUAUAUGAGAAUAAUACGAGUGAUUGUUGAAUGUGAAAAAUUCAGUGCUGAAGAUAUUCGAGUGAAUCGUUAAUACUCGAGUGAUGAUAAAAACAAAAUGUGAAAGAGUUAACGCGUCAUGAUUGAGAGAUGGUUUUGGAGGGAAUCAUGGUGCCGAUCGGUACGAGAUCCUCCGGUAAAGGAUCCAACCAAACGACGGCGUCACGAUCCAACAUCGGCAAGACGGUGACUUGGAGUACCAAGAAAUCGUUACGAUAAGUCACUGGUUACAAACCGGUUCUAGAUUUUUUUUUUUUUUAAUAUUUAUUUUACUGGUGUUACGAAAGCUGUCUAUCAUCGCGUCCGACUUCUGAUUAUUUGUUAUGCACGAUAAUCGGUGUACAAUAACAAAGUAUGCCGUUCGUCGUGAGAAACAUCCAGCCGAGAUACAUUGGCCGUGGACACGUGCCGCAGGACGCAACGAUAGCGGAGACAUGGCCAGUUGGUGCAGAAUUAGGGGCUGUAUCAAAUGGCACAUUAGCAAGUACAUUGAAACAACUUGCUUCAUUAUUAUCCGUUGCCGAGGAUAUAUUUGGCGAGUUAACGGCAGAAUUGACGAGCAUAGCAGACAGGAGUGGCGUGCUGAGACGAAGAAUCGACCGACUCGACGAUCGAUUAGCGAGCAUCGAUCCAAAGAAAAUACCAGUUCCGGAAUCUGAUAUAUGCACAUUUGCGCUGAGAAAGGACUACUUCAAAGCGUCACGAGACUCAAUAACUGGUAUAUUCACCUCUACUACGAGGCCUCGUGCACUUCAAGAAUUAUACGAUGCAGCGGCAACAGUUGCUGUACGAAAUUUGGAUAGUCUCAGAAGGGGAAACGAUGGAACUUCCAUGGAAUUGUAUCUCUGUACACCUGUGCUUGGGAAACGAAGAAGAGAUCAGAGUCUGGACAUUGAGUCUAGAGUGCCUGCGGUUUUGGAGGAUUUGAGGAGGUGGACGUCGAGUGAAGCUCUGGGGGAUAUCAGGGUCGCACCAGACUGUUCGUUGAGAAUACUUCAGAAUCAUGAUACGGAUGAUGCUGUUGAUCAUAAAUUGCCGAGUCCGGAGGAGCAGGUUCAGGCGAUCGCGUUAAAAUUCCCAGCGGAAAUAGUAGCCGUAGACGUAAGUGGCCGCGGCUUCGAGAGAAUGUCCAUGAGACGGAGAUCCUUGCUAUCCGCACGGCCAACAGGUGAAAAUCAGGAUGCAAGCGUGAAACGUAGAUCACGACCACGCAGGCCACGGGGAAAGAGACGAAAUACGAUAGCUGGAACAGAUGGAAAGGAGAUUCGUCGAGCAGUUGGAGAAGAGUCGACAGUGAACGAAGCUGAUGCUACGGUCCGAGAGGAUGGGAUUAUUUCUGUAGACUCCCCAGGCAGAGCUCGCCGUUCAGCAAGUACUGAUAUACUUGGUAAAAAAGAGUCACCAACUGAGAGAAAAUGGCACUUCGACACAUUAAAAGCUUGGGGAAUGUCACGACUAAAAUUAAUAAGCCCUAAAAACGAUAGCGAUAAAAUUGAAAAUAAUUCCCACGAGUUGCAUAGACCAUGCAACGAUGCCAAUGUAUACGAAAUGAUAGCGAGCCAGCGUAGAAAGAGGGAUAAAUCACACGAGAGAAAACCGAGUUCAUCGAGCUCCAGUGGAAAAAGUAUAGCAUCGAGUAUUGCUGCAUCGAUACGAAUGCCAGAGAGACCAGUGAAAUUGCGUGAAUAUGCAGCGCAAAAGAGAGAGAGAAGGAAAGGUGGAAAUAAUCGUGAUGAUCCACCACACUCCAGUUCUGGUAAUUGGAGUGCGUCAUCAGAGAGCGGUAGAGCGAGUAUAGGAAGUGAAACAACGACAAAUCCAUCAAGAUUAACCACUACAACCUCUACUGGCACUUGUUCGUUGUCAUUAAGUCAUGCCAGAAGAUUACGGGGAAGGGAUACGUCAACAUCAUCAUCGGUCACAUCCGAGGGUACCCUCACGCCAGAUAUUAUUCAGGACAUUGGAGUCAUUCCAUUUUCCGAUGAUGGUGAGGGAGAGGGAGAGACUUGUUCGGUUUAUUCGUGCGAUACUGAGGGCUACUACACGUCUUUUCACAUGGAUUCGGGCUUGAAGACACUCAGGGAGGAAGAAACAGCAGUCCAGGUCCCGUUGACUAAGUCUAAUGAAGUCAGUUCUGAUUCGGUGUCACCUCUCGUCGAGAAUGAGUAUGAGUUGUUUGGGAGGGGUUCCACUUCAACUACUACCAGUUCAGCGGGAACCGUUUGUACUACUCUUCUGGCACCCCUCCCACCGGAGAGGAAGUCGAGUCUUACUGUUGUUGCGAUGGUCCAUGGUCAGAAUAAAAAUGGCGGAGAAUCCCCAGACAGUGGGCAUAACACAUCCUCAUCUCCAGUGGAAUCAGCCUCGAGUCCAGCCUGCACUGCAAGAUCAUGUUCAGAAUUAGAGUAUUCAGAGUCAAGUGAUUUGGAAGGUUGCGAAAGAAUUGAGAGAAUUCGAUCUAAAACUGCAAUAAAUACGAGCAGAAUUCCGUCCAUGUGUGUGAUAACACCUCCAGGAUCUGACGAUGAAAAGGAAAGCCCUCAGGAGUCAUCAGCAAAUACAAGAACUGAAAAUAUGGAGAUAAAGAUGAAUAGCCCUGGUACCCCUGGGGCUGUUCUUAUGUCAGCAACGGUUGGAACAUCAAGGAUGGAAGUGAUUAACGGUGAGGAUAAGAAUCUCUACGCUACUGUGCAGACGAUCGAUCCUAAGACUAAAGGGACACUACCUGAGAGGACAUAUUUUAAGACAAGUCCCCUGAAUGGAAUGCUGGAUAGAAUUCGCGGGGUCUUACCAUUAAGUCGCAAGCAACCAGGAAAGACUGAAAAUAUUCCACAGACACAGAAUACCUGUCAUGACUCCGGUGACUAUGUUACCAUAGCCGACGUGAGAAAUAAUAAUGACAAAGGGUGUAAUGCUAAGCAAUUAAUUUAUUCAAAUGGCGAAUUAUUCGAGAAAGAGUGUAGAGACACUGAGUACGUCAGUUUAUCAGAAUUACCCAAGAAAUCGGAUUCUUCGUUGGAGAGAAAGCGCCAGGGCGCUAGAGUCACUCUGGACUCGGAGGGAAAAGUUGUUUAUUCGUCGGAUAGUCUGAAGAGGCGAAAGGGAACGCAGUCCACAUUUAAUCCUGGUCCAUUCGUGAAAGAAACGAGUUCAGCAUCAUCUCCGACCCCCUCCCCACUGUUUCGACGAGUACAGCCUCAAAUUCGUGCUGUAUCAACAAAACAAUUGGAAUGUUCUCCAUCCACAAAACUUGUGAUUCGUGCUGGAAAGAGUCCUGAGCAUACGACUGAAAAAAUCGAACGUGAACAAAAGCAAAUACGUGGUGCCUAUGUCAACGUCCAGAGCGAGGAAGACAAUGGCUUGCUCACCUUUUCAUCCGAAUCAGCAUCGUCACAAGUUAAUCUGCAAUUUCCCCCGCCGUAUAUAUCACCCCCUCAACCUCAAGACUGGCGGCUACGCCCAGAGGAUGACAACAGAUCCUGUGAUAAAGAUUCACCGAGAGGGCAGAAGCAUUCCCAUCAUCGUAAUGUUAAUCAUCAGAGAAUAACCCACGAUCCAAGACAUUUUAUUGGCAGAAAACCAGUGUUUACGCCAAAUCAGUAUUACACAUUGCCAAAUCGGAAGCCCCAGAAGGAAAUAAAAGACCGGAUUCGAUGCGUUACACCAGACAUCACCAGAGGACUUGGCAAGCAUGAGAAUAGCUCAGUGGUUUGUGAUCGUAAAAAUUUGCAUCAUAAUGAACAGUUCCUCUCGUCUCCAGUGGAUUCACGAAAUAGAUUGUCCACACCACUGGGAUUGAGUGCUCGGGGCUACCGAUUCUUCGCGUCAUCACCAAUUACUCUUCGUGGUCAGUCAACCACCGAUGGUCCAAAUCACUCCGCCAUAAAACCAGUACCACCUAAAUCCACAUCAAAAUCUAAUCCCGCUGUUGCACAGAGAUUAUCAACAUUGGCUACAAAUUCAUACGCCUAUUCCACACCCACACUUAGUACCAAAGAGCCAUACAGUGAUUCUCCAACUGUGGCAUCUUCUUCUGGCAGGACAACACCGACGAAUGGGUUGUUAUCACCCAGCAGGAGUACUAUGUCGAAUGAAGAAUUAUUUACAGCUAUUCAUAAGUCAAAACGUAAGCUAAAUAUUAGGAAUGAUGGAGAGACUUUGACUGAUAGCACAAAGAGUUUGGAUAGGCGACUGACCCAGACCGGGACGAGACAUAGUUGGAGUCCAGAGUCGGCUAGUGCUCCAAAGGUUCCACCAACUGAUUCACCAAAUUCAUCAACUUCAAGGAUGGAUUUCAAACGUCUUCUUCUCCAACGAAGUACCAAGAUGGGUCCCAGUCGACUCUCAGCAGCCGAGCAAUUGAAGCUGUCCCGUCAGCAGUGCCAGCAGCAGUGCCAGCCUCGUAGUCAUCAGCCGUCUCCACCGCAGCCAUCUGUCGUAAGAGCUCUGAGCCCCAGAUCAGUUUGGCGAUUCCAAACUCCACGAAGUGAUGUUCUCUCCUCGACAAUUGUAGAAGACGCAGCUGCUGAGGAACGAGCCAUGGAAUUAUCUUCAGAGAAUGAAGGUCAUAAUGUUCAUCGAAAACUACGGAGUAGAAGACAAUUUGACUUGUGUCCAUUGUCUCCGAUUCAGUCAAUCAUUUCUACAUCAAUAACUCCCCGGUAUUAUGAUACCAGAAAUUUGGGUAAUGAAAAUCGAAUGAAUUCCACAAGAAGUGCCCACUCAUGUGCAGAAUCUGAAUCACGUAGAACGAGGAAUCAACGUGCAAAAGCUGAAUUUCUUGCCGGAGGAUCGUCAACAAGUGGCAGAGAACAUCACACGGGAUUCAGAGCACGGUCUGAAUCACCAAGACAACUUGCAGGAAGCACCAUGGGUGUUGCAAGAAGCUCCAGUGUCCCAACUCUCGAAACUGCACUUUAAAUUUCACAUGUGUCACAACAUUCAACAAAGAAGUAGUAGAGGGGGAUAAAGAUAGGGAAUGACAUGAAAUUUCUCUCAUGAAGAGCGACAGAGCACGAAUAUUGAAUGGGAGAUACUACAUAAGUAUUUGUUUCAUUAGAACGAUGAGAAAAAGUUGAGAAAUCAAGGCUAAAUAUAAUAUAAACGUUUUUUAUGCUCUAUAAUAUACAGGAUUCCGAUUAUUUAUGAAAAUUAAAAAUGUAAAUCUGAUACUUGUUAAUCAAUUUUACAUUCGGUAUAUUAGAGUUCUGUUUGAAAUGUCAAGUUUACUUGAGAGCCGGUUUGCGGAGGAUAAGCAUCGAAUGAUUCGAACAAAAUUUGCAAAUUGCACGUGUCAGUUAUAAAAAAAUAUAAAAUGACAACAUGUUGUUUUGAAUUUGAAUCAUUUUGUUGGAAUUUUUCACGCGAAAAUUGUCAUUUCUUUAUUCAUCUAACAUUCAAGUAAAAGAAAGUCAAUUGCGAAAGAAAAAAUUGUACACGAUGAGUUUUAUUUAAAAAAACUAAAAUGCGUCUUUAAUUGCCUUUUUUAAUGGAAAAAAGUGGAUAAAAAUUAUUCCACAUUUUUUCUUAAUUUGAAGACUGAGAUAAAGCCGAGAAAUUGAAUCUAGUUAUAGUAUGGAAAUUUUUGUAUGGUUCGUAGUUUAUAGAAUUUGAGUUAUGUAUAAAAAUUAAAAAACAUGUAUCUGAUAUUUUUCAUUCAACUUUCAGAUUCGAAAUCUAUUGAAAAAUUGUAGGGAAUCCCAUGGGAAAUUUUGGUAAAAAAUUAGUAAAAAAUAUUUGAUACUAAAACAUUA